AAAAUAUCUUCAUCCUACUUCAUACGUGUCAAUUAGAUUGGGCCCCGCACCCUCUAGAUUAUCCCGAUCUUUCUGAGAAUCAUACAGUUACCUUGACCUGUAAAUAACCAUGGUGGCAGAAGAUAUUUUUAUGAAUGUACGCUUCUAUAUAACGAAUAAGAAGAAACCAAAAUAGUAUACUUUUCUCCCCAGAGCGUCUGAAGUUCUAGUUUCAUCUAGAGGGCAUGCGUGGCCGGUGAAAAGUUCUGCACAAUUUGAAAUUUUGUGAAGAACAGUGACAUAUAAAUGUAGAGGUGUCUGAUUGUGGUAGUUGGAAAGAGAAAUAGAUUUUCUAUUGAGAAUUGAUCUGGUUGAUUUGGGUAUUUCAUAUUCAGCUUUGAAUCUCUGCAGGAGUAUUGGGUUUGUAGUGCUGCUGGCAAGGAGAUUGGUGGAAUUUUUCUUGUUUUAGCUUGCAAUGGCCCUGGAAGGGAAAUUGGGUGCUUCGUUUUAUGAAGUUCUUGGUGUUAGCAAGGACUGCUCUGAGGCUGAAAUACGGAGUGCUUACAGAAAACUGGCAAGGAAAUGGCAUCCUGACAAGUGGAGUAAAGAUCCUUCUCAUGCGGAGGAGGCGAAGGCAAGGUUCCAGCAGAUUCAAGAAGCGUAUUCAGUUUUAUCAGAUGAUACCAAGAGGGCAAUGUAUGAUGCAGGCGUGUAUGAUGAUGGCGAUGAUUUGAAUGGUUUCUCUGAUUUUUUAGAUGAGAUGGCAACCAUGAUGGCUGAUACGAAGACUCAGAAUAACAAAGAAGACACAUUUGAAGAUCUCCAGGAAAUGUUCACAAAAAUGGUGAAUGAGAACUGGUUUUCCAGUGGGGACACUCAACAGCCAGAGCACACCGUAGAAAAGGAUUUCACAAUGCAGAAACAGUAUCCCUUAUGUGAAAUUAAUGACCUCUGGAAUGAUGGAGAAGAUGAGUGGUAUGAUGACGACAAUGAAGAUGAUUACACUGAAGAUAAUUGGUACUCUGCUUCUUCAAUCCAAGACCAUCACAGCCUUGAGGAAAAAGAGCAAGGAAUAAAGUUCAAGAAACCUCGAGUUAGUACAAGCAAAGGAAGUGGUUUUGAAAUCCCCCGCUAUGGGGCAGUUGACUCAUAUACUUCACCGACUUAUGUUGUGUGAUUACAGAUGAAGCAAGUUGAAAGGGAAAAUUUUCCUUUCUUGGAACCCCAAGAAAAUUUUGGGUAGAUCUUUGGCAAAAACCCAGAGAAAUGUAACCAUUGAUGAACUGGGUAGCUUUUACAGCUUUUGUUCCCUGUGCUUCGAUUUAGUUCCCUCAGAAAUAUUGUAGGUUUAAAUUGAGAGGGAGUUGUAAUUAAAAGUCUGAUUUUUUUCUUCUCAUUCGUUUCAGAGAGUUACAUCACAAUCUGGGAUAUGAUGAAAGGUCUAGAAUCAUCCUUCUUGUAAUUAAAGGUUUAUACCGUUUAAUAAAAUUUUCUUUGCAAGGUA